CACUGUGGGAGCUUGUGCGCGGGACACGUCAACGGGGGCUCCUCGAAGCACACGAAGACGAAGAAGGCCAGGCCGCACCGGUUCCUGAGGUCGCCGUGCCCGAUGCGGCCGUCCUUGUAGAACCGCCCCUCACGAGUCCACCAGGCCCAUCCCCGCCGCACCCCGGCCUGCCACGGUGGGUGAAUCGCCUCCGGAAAGAAGGCCUCCCGCUCCCGACGCCUCGUGGGGCCGGCUCUGGGUUUUCCGCCCUCGGUUGAAGUGGUUGAGGAAGGGGAGCCAUGUCUGACCGCAAGGCCGUGAUCAAGAACGCGGACAUGUCGGAGGAGAUGCAGCAGGACUCGGUGGAGUGCGCCACGCAGGCCCUGGAGAAGUACAACAUCGAGAAGGACAUCGCGGCCCACAUCAAGAAGGAGUUCGACAAGAAGUACAACCCGACCUGGCACUGCAUCGUGGGCAGGAAUUUCGGCAGUUACGUGACGCAUGAGACGAAGCACUUCAUCUACUUCUACAUGGGCCAGGUGGCCAUCCUCCUGUUCAAGUCCGGUUAG